AUGCCCGCCGUGGCCGACCUCAACAAGUUCGAAGCGGACAUUCGCGGCGAGUUUGGGAUCGGCUCGGCGGCGCAGUACGGUUCGGCCGACCUCAAGUCCGUCUGCCUUCAAUUCCCAGUUCUUUCACAUGCUCUGCUGCAAUGGAGUCCGGAGUCUGACGAUUUGCUUUGUCUCCUGUCAGGAAGGCGGUUCAUGUCAACGAAAACUUCAGGUUAUUUGUUUAUCUUUGCUCCUUUUAAGUCACUGAGAACUUCGAAUAAUGUCGGGUUGCAAUUGCCCAACUAAAACAAUCUGCAAAUUAAAGUCGUUAAUGCUUCUGCUUCGAACUCGGGGACAUAUAUUUUACUCUUUCGAUCCAUCAUCUUCGCAGAUGUGCCAUAUUUUAAUAGUUAAGGUGAAUCACUCAGAAUCCACAAUGAUUGUCUUCAAUCUAUAGAGCUUUUUUUUUUUUGCAUAAGAUUGUUGACCAAGAACCCGUAAUUUUUUUUUAAUAAAACGUCGUAGAAUAUAGUUUCUAGAUGGCACAAUACGAUGAUCUUUGUUGCCUUCCAGUGUUCCGAUUUGAUUCAUAAUUUGUUGUCUCUAUUCCAUUUGUUGACCCUCAGUGGAACAGCUUAUGUCAUUCCCGUGAGAUCAUGCAUUUCCUGAGCCGUCAGGAUUUCGCUGCUAUCUUAGUUAAUGUAGUCGAUCGAUUUUCCUCGUUUCCUGGGCCAUUCAUGUGCCAUUUUAUGUUCAUAUUCCAGAAUACUUGCAAAUUGGCUUUCUGCGUGAUCUUCUUAUGGAAAGAUUAGUCUGUGGAGAAGAGAACAAUGGGGGCCUUCUUAUGCUCUCUCUCUCUCUCUCUCUCUCUCUCUCUCUCUCUCUCUCUCUUAAGUAAUGCAUAUAUCAUACUACAAGCUUUAAAAACAAAAACUGCAAAUGGGGUCGGCCUUCGAAUCUUCCAUAAGCCUUCCCUAUUGAACAUGCCCAAGCGUUCUUCUUUGUCGUGGUAAGCUCAGAUCAGCUUUGUCUUUCCUGCUGUCGCCCACAGUCUCUCAAGAUUAAGAGUUUAACCUUCGAUCUGUUCUUUGUGUCAUCUCUCAUGUUACUGUUACCACGAGUUCCCCAUGAACACCAAUGAGAAUCAUCUGCUAUUUUCCAAAGGCUUUUGGUUAGUAAGACAGGUGUCAGUACCAAAUACUUAAUCAGUAGUGAACUACUAGUUAACGCACUACUAAAGCAGAAUAGCAUGCGCGGUUUUCAUUCUUAUCUGCCCAACGCACUACUAGUUUGGUCGUUUAUUGUGAUGUUAAUCAUGGUUCUCACUAUUCAAUCUAAAUCUGAACAGACGAGCUAACUUCACAUCAGCAGACAUGAGGGAGGCUGAUUUCAGUGGUUCCACAUUUAAUGGUGCCUAUCUUGAGAAGGCUGUUGCAUAUAAGGCAAAUUUCACUGGUAACUCUCUCUGCAUUAGAUAAUCUUUUGUUAGAGCAUCAAAGGCUUCGGUUUUUCUUUUCCAAAGUGUAAAUGUAGGGUCCUGAGUAUUAUCGUUCUUCUUAAUUAUGCGUUCCCUUUACACGAAUUUAAGGUCUUGUUUCCAGAUUAUUAUCACGCCCUUCUUUAAUUUUUAUUUACUUGAAAGGCAGUGAAUGGAGUGUUAUUUUUUUUCGUGUAUUUGAUUGAAGUGGGAAGACAAUAUGACCAGUGCCAAACAGUUACUACCUCGUUGACAUUGGCAUGGACUUGCAUUUGGUUUGUCAAACCUCACUGCUUGGUCAUCUUGCUUUUGAAAAGCUUGGGAUCAAUUAAUCUGGUUCUAUAUUCUAUUCAAAUGCAAACACUCAUCUGAAGAAGGGAAACAACAGCAAAUUGACUGUCUCAAAAAAUAUCAUUAUAAAGGGUGGAACCAUUGAUCUUAGCAUUUGUGGAAGGAUAUGCGUGACUCUUUAGUUUCUGUGGUACUUGGGAAUUCACCUUUUAGCAAGUUUGGUUUUUUAAAAGGAAUCCCAUCCCUUCAUAGCCACCAGAUCAACAUAUUUCCAGGAGAGCAUAGCAAUCAAACUCUUUCUUUGAAUCGCGAGUCUUCCAAUGGAGUUCGACCAUCGUCCCAGAGAAGAGAACAUUAGAGGCCUCGUUUAAUAGUCCAACCAAGGAUCAUGGGAAUGCGGGCGGAGAAGCAGGAUGCCGAGCCCUCUAGUCUUGGCUUAAUCAUGUAAUUCAUCUCAAUUGGAUAGACUCUGAUGGGUAGACUCUUACGUUCAUAGAAGAAAAUAGAAUAAACACAUUCUUUACCCAAGUUACCUGCACAUUUCAAGAAAUUCUGCCAGUUGGAAAACAUGGAGCUGUGUGCGUAUGUGAGACUGUGUUCUUACAGAGCUCAGUGAAACUUGCACCAUCACAGGAAACUUGGUUGAUGUCUAGUACUCGGUGUAGAUAUCAGAUGUAGGCUGAGAAGUGUAGCGAAACAAUUUGCAGUGGAUCUUCCGUAUAGUUUUUACAGUGGUGAAUUGGUUAUUCACUUAAAGAAGCGUGGAAUAGGAUUUUCCUGUGUUUACUACCUUAAUGGUUCUGGAUGAUCCUCUUGAUGCUCAGGAGUAACAUUGAUAAUGAUAAUCCAAACAAUCAUGUCCUUCAGCUAACCCCCAAACAAUUGAGAGUCGAACUUUGAUCGAGAUCUUGUUCCUUCCCUCUUCCCAAGUUUCUAUCCAAUUACUAUUUUUCAUUUUUUACCGUUAAAAUUGUAAAAAAUAGUCAUAUUUUUCUCGUUGACACUUAGCUUGUCCUUUGGCUUCUUACUUCUGGGUCCAGCUGCUGAAGGAUCUGGAAACCCACCAACACACAUUCUAUGGGACUCAUUCAGAAAAUAAGAGACAUGGCUAGGUUUAGUGAAACCCUUGAUUUGACUCGGAUUUUUUUGUCAGCUCAGAGAUUCUCAGCUCACUAAUGUAGUAUUUAGAAACUUUUAAGGCAAUAGCCUUUUUUUUUUUUAACUUUUCGCAGUGUCUGUGGAUAUUAAAAAAUGUGUGGAUUUUUUAAGAAGCUAGACAGUAAAAAUAUGUUCAGAGUGAAGGUGGAUGACUUGCAGAGAGGAGCGUAUUUCUUUUCCUAGAAUGUGAAAUGGGAAGAUGGAUAUGAACUGAGAGCUAGGGAGACACCGCCAUCUGCCCGUCCACAUACCUUUUGCAUUUGUUAUAUCUGAUCUUUGGAAGGAAAAUUUGGUAAUCUACGAUGUUGAAAGUUUAACUGUUGUAUGUUGUUAAUGUUAAAAUUAUUCUUUGGUCCUGCCAUGGAACACAUUAACUAUAUUAUCGGAAUGAAUUAAGUGUCAUGAACUCAGUCCUGGAUAAUCCUUUUAUGGACGUAUGGUAUAAUUCCUAUUUCUUGAGAAUCCUUAAAAGUGGAUAUUCCUUAAAACUCCAACCACAACAAGCAGCUUUUAGCGAAACGCUUCAGCUUGGAUUUCUAAUGCAUGAAUAAACGCUAGAUAGAAGUACGAAUGAUCAGUACAGAUAAUAACCUUUAAAUUUCAUUCCCCGGUCUUAGUGGAUGAUCUCAUAUCUAAUUGUCUUUUCUCCAACUGAUGCAGGUGCAGAUUUGAGUGACACUCUGAUGGACCGCAUGGUAAAAUUUUGACGCUGUUGUAAUAUUUGAUUGCUUCACAUGACAGUUAACAUACAUGCCUAUCCCAAAACGGUGAUCGCAAAUGACAUAAUUAGCAAGACAUUGAAAUAAAGGGGGCUCGCUUCGAUUUACCUAGCCAAACUCGACACUCAUCGCCGAAGUCAAAUGACAACCUUCCCCGCUCCCUCUUUUUCUACAUGUGCAGUGGCGGGAGUACGUUAUCUAAUAAUCUGAUAAAUUUUUAAUGUCUCUGAUGCAACAUGUCAAGAUGAUCUUUAUGAAAUAUUUACUUAUCUUUGGUGUGGAGCAGGUAGAAUCAGCUGGUUUGAAUUUCCUUUCAAUUGUGUAGAGGAUACCAUGAUGUUUGUAUGGUUCUGGGGUUCUUGUUUCCAUGAUCAAUUCAUAAAACAUGUCUCGGCAUUAAUAUAUUUUUUCUAUUUAAUUCUUACUUGGAUUUCCUUAUUUCGGGGUAUUUGGAUAUCACGCCUGUUCAUUACUCAAAUUCCUUGAGGGUCGAUCAACCAAAGACGAUGAUAUGUAUAGCACAAAAAUCCGGUCACUAAAUAACGUGAAUAUGAAUAAGCAAGUCAGGGUCCUUAAGAAAAAAACUCUGAUGUAAGAAGGAUUAGAUUUAUGUAAAUAAACCUACGAAGUGCUCUCUCUCUCUCUCUCUCUUGCUUUUUGCCAUUUUUAUAUCUUUGCUGUUUAUAACACAGAGGAAUAUUUUAUGCCCCACCCAACCUGAGAUAUGAAGUCCUCCAAUAGCCCGACUGAGUGAUGCUUCUCAAUUGUUUCACGUCGUUUCGAAAGACUGAUUUCAUAAACCAUAUUUUAUUAGUUGUUUUCUUCUUAAAGGGUGAUGCGAAAAACGCUGCUUCGAUUCCUACUCAGAUAUUAUUCUUGAGGACUGAAAUGCUUUCGCUGCUUUAAUUGGUUUGGGUCUGUCUUGAUUCCUCUGUCAUUCAGAAAAUUCUCUUGCGCAGGUCCUCAAUGAAGCCAAUCUCACAAACGCUAUACUCGUCAGAUCAGUACUCACUCGCAGUGAUCUUGGCGGUGCAACAAUUGAGGGUGCCGACUUCAGUGAUGCAGUCAUAGACCUUCUCCAAAAGCAGGUAUUUUUGUUGAAAGAGCUGCUCCAUACUUUCCGAUGAAUUUAUUUGUGCAUUGUUUCUCAUGGCUUUCUUUAUCGUUUGAUCUCAAGAAGAAAGAAGCUACCACCUUUCUUUGACUUAGGGGGAUCCUUUAAGACUCAGGAUUGCCUUCAAUGUUUUAUGCAACAUGAUAGACGGACGAGGUUUUGAGUAAUUGUGUUGCAAAUCUAGUUUUAUAUUAAUGAUGGGACCUGAGAUGAACCUUGGUAGUUUCAUCUCUGAUAUCAGACGAACUAGCAUUUGCUGAUGCCCUUGAACCCCACCAUAAACCCUUCCCUAGUGAGAGAUCAUAUGGUUCCGCGAUUCCUAAAGCAAUUCAGGGUUCUUUCAUAGGAUCUCAUCUAUAUUUGCAUGGGAUUUAAUUUUCAUGGCUUACUACAUAGAUCUUUCCUCAUCCUCAUCCUCAUAUAGGAGAUCAAUUCAGACAAUGAGAUGAAGCAUCCUGGUGUUGGGAAUUGAAUCCAUUUAAUUGCCAGAUAGAACUGAUUUCUACGGUUUCACCUGGUCUUUGCCCGGGUAUCUAUAUAUUGCGCUAAUCUUCUCUCAUCAAUCCGUUACAUACCGUCCUGAAUCCAAAUAGACUUCCAUAGUUCAUUAUUUUUCGUCCCAUGGCGGUGGCUCUUUCAUUACCGUGAUUGCUUGGAUCAUAGGCAUUGUGCAAGUACGCCAGUGGGACUAAUCCCGUGACUGGAGUGAGCACAAGGAAGAGCCUCGGCUGCGGGAACAGCCGCCGUAACGCCUAUGGCAGCCCGUCGUCCCCUCUGCUGAGCGCGCCGCCUCCGAAGUUGCUCGACAGAGAUGGGUUCUGUGAUCAGAGCACUGGCCUCUGCGACGCCAGCUAA